AGUCUUCAUGCAACAACCACUGACUCCAGAAUUUAAUGACCACAUAAUAACAAGCCUAAACUCUUGGAUCGUGGCUCAAUAAAGGGGUAUCAGACCCAAAGAGAGCCAAGCACCACAAUCCUUCAAAGGGCAAAGAACUCGGAAGUGUCUUCAAUGGCAGAAGAAGUGGUGUUGUAUGGUGUGUGGGAAAGCGCCUUUAGCCGCAGAGUAGAGAUGGCUCUGAAACUGAAAGGAGUGGAGUACAAAUACAUGGAGGAAGAUUUGAACAGCAAGAGUCCUUCGCUUCUCAAAUACAACCCUAUUCACAAGAAGAUUCCUGUCCUCCUACACAACGGAAAGCCUAUCGUGGAGUCCCAAGUUAUUCUGGAAUAUAUUGAUGAGACAUGGCAAGGCUAUCCCAUAUUGCCCAAAGAUCCGUACGAGAGAGCCAUUGCACGUUUCUGGGCCAAGUUUAUAGACGAAAAGUGCUUGCCUACGAUAUUUAAAGCUUGUUAUGGCGAAGAGAAAGAGCGUGAGAAGGCUGCGAAAGAAAAUUAUGAGGUUCUUAAGUUUCUAGAGGAAGAGCUCAAGGAAAAGAGAUUCUUUGGAGGAGAGAAUAUUGGAAUGGUAGAUAUUGUCGCUAAUAUCAUUGCCUUUUGGGUUGGAGUUAUAGAAGAAAGUUCAGGAGCAAAGUUGUUGACAAGAGACAAAUUUCCUAAACUAAGCAGCUGGAGUCAUGAGUUUGUGAGCAAUGGUGUUAUCAAGGAAUGUCUCCCUCCAAGAGAUAAACUACUUGCCAAUUUUCGAAAUCGUUUUGGGCAAACUAACUCUUCCAAAUAGAUGAAUUUACCCGCAACAGUCAGUCGGUGAAAAUCACCUGCAUAAUAAUCCACCACUAUAGUGAAUGGGCUUCUGCCAUGUGCUUGUAAUUUCAUCCAUCGUGUCAUGUCUCUGUUUUUCUUUUCUUUUUUCUUUUCAUUUAGUAUUUUUUAGGUUUUCAAAGUUUAUGUUUGAAAUGACUUAAAACAACCAGCAAGUGAAGCUCGGUCUUGUAAUUCCUUGAAAUGAUGGUUUCUCAUUUCUUUAUGUUGGAUGCAUUUAUAUUAUGUUCAAAG